CGGCGACAGCGCUGUGCAGAAUACGCUUUGAAGAAUAUUUCGAGUAACAUACAUUUUGGUAAGACAGAGAAGAAAUUUGAGGUUAGAAUCUAGAUCACUUUGUUUGAAAUUUAUUCUUAAUAAACAGGCGAUUGUACAAAAGCUCAAGAUUUUAAAAUCUAGAUCUGCAAUCGAAGUAACAAACCAAAUUCACAAGUGUAUCGAUAAUGGGGGAGUCUGGACAACCAGUCGCUAGGUCGGACACACCCACCUCCUCAACGCGAGACCCCUUUUGCCCCUCAAAUGAUGGUACUUCGUACUUCUCUCUGGAAGCAGUUUACAACGAUGAGGGUGCUAGAAAUGAGGUAGAAGUUUCGCUCGGUAAUGUUGUAAAUCUAGCUCCAAGUGAUGAUUACUCAGUUGCAGAUUCUUUCUCGUAUCCUCUGGAACAUCUUUUAAGAAGUGGACAAGACAAUGUUGAUGUUCAGUGCUCUUUUGGUGGUGUAAAUAAUAACAUGCCAAACAUUGAAGAACCCCAGUCUGUUCAGAUAGAUCCUGUAGGUUUAAAUUUUAGCCAGUACGGCCAAGAAAAUGAUUGUGGAAUUACCUCUGGGGAUGAAACAGAUUGCAAUCACAAGAAAUAUUCCGGUUGUCUGAAGAGAGAUGCAUUGCUUUUCGAGGACGACACUGAUUGUGCUUUUCAAGAAUUGGAAUGGAAGCAGCAAGGAAGGAAUUUAGUUUCACCAAGAUGGGGUGUUCAAGACGAGUCAAUGCUUUCAGGGCAUGAUGAAGUUCAAAGUGAGAUAGCGCACUAUUCAGCAGACAGUAAUCAGUAUUUGCUGAAUUGUUCAAAUUCAGUUGCUCACAGACAAAAUCAUGAUUCCAAAGAUUCACAGUCUCUUGACUUAAACUAUGAGCCUACCAGGAAAAUAUCAACUCUGAAUUCUUUCAUGCCUGAAAGUACUAAAAGUCACCCUCAAGUAUUAUUCUCUGAGCGGAGACCUUAUUCCUUAGGUGAUAGCAGCUCAAAAAAUGCCAUUGCUGCUAGGGAAAACAGAAUAAAAAAGAAGCAAUAUGUUUCUGGAUUGGAAGAAAAAGUUAGCAAAAUGGAAGUAGAAAACAAGAGUUUGCGACAAGAAUGUGUAAAGAAUAGGGACCUUCUAAGUUCAUUACAGGAAGAAGUUGAUUACUAUCGGAGUGUCAUUUCUAAUCAGACAACUCUGUCUGCAGUACUAAAAAAUGUAUUAAAAACACCAGGAGUUCAGUUAACAACUUCAUUUGUGCAUGAAGAUGUGAAUUCCUUGAAGGAGCAAAGGCUUAUAUUAGAGGGUUCUAAGGGUGAACCAUUGGUUCCAGUGAAUAAAGGCGAUAGUCUGUCUCAAAGUCAUUCAAGUGUGGAUUCAAGGGAUCAUCAAAGAAGAAAGGUUGGCACCGUCACUGACAAGAGGAAAAAAAAUCUAAGGUCCAUUUCAGGUGGGAUGAAAACAAGAAGUAUGAAGGAUUUACCUACUUCGAAGAAGCGAAAAGAAAUGUAUUGUUCAAGACAAAGUUCUCACACUGGGUGCUCAGAGGAUGAUAAUGAGGAGAUUGGUGUAGAUUCUGUAGAUUCAAUUAGUUCCACUCCUCAUCGUCAUUACUUUCCAGAACAUGCAGAAACUGAUGGCGAUGCCACCAACACAGGAGGAAUAUGUCUGCACGUUUCCGGAAAAGCAGUGUCUGUGGAAUUCUGCAGACACUGCAAUGCAAGGGCAAAAUUUUCUGUUUUGUCUGAUCACUCUUACAUAAAGAGUUGAUGCCGUCCUAAGAGACAGAUUAUUCAUCUCCUGAGGCUGUUCCUGUUCAAAUCAUUUUCAGCUGUGUAGAUUGUUGUAGAAAUUGAUAUUUUGUGAAACUGAAA